CUAUACGUCAUUGACCGGUCCAAAACAAGCGCGGUCACAUGAUCUUCCGUGCCGCAUGUAAACACGCGACAGGCACAUAUGGGGGUUGUUUACUAUCCCGUCUAUUUCGGAAAGAAUUAUUAUCCCUGCUAGAACAGCGAGGUAGGACAGAAACGAUGCAGUUGGAGGUUGAGAGUAGUCCCCGGCCGUACUUCUUCGGUGAUAUCGGAUGCUGGUCGGAGCGGACCGAGGUUCACAAAGCGGCAUACCUCGGGGAGGUGACUCUCCUGCAGCGGCUCAUUCAGAACGGGGCGUCCGUCAACAUAGUGGCAGUCGACUCGGUUACACCACUGCACGAAGCUGCUAUCCGCGGCCAAGUCGAGUGCGUGCGCCUCCUGCUGGAUGCAGGUGCUCAGGUAGAUGCGCGGAACACGGAUGGCAGCACACCGUUGUGUGAGGCGUGUGCUGCAGGCAGCUCUGACUGUGUGCAGCUGCUGCUUGACCGGGGGGCAAAGGUCAACCCCGCCCUGACCUCCCGUACCACCACCCCUCUGAUGGAGGCCUGCAUCAGCGGCAAUGCUGAGUGUGUGAAGAUGGUGAUAGCCAAGGGAGCGUGUCUGGACACCUUUGACCUAUACCACGGCACACCUCUGCACGUCGCUUGUUCCAACACACACGUGGACUGUGCCAAAGCUAUACUCAAUGCAGGUGCUAAGGUGAACGCAGCACGGUUUCAUGACACAGCACUGCAUCAUGCGGCCAGGCGUGGUCAUGUGGAGCUGCUGGAGAUGUUGGUCCAGUUUGGGGCGAACUUGUACGCCCGCGACAAACACAACCACCUGGCCAGCCACUACACCCAGCCAGCCACCGCGGCACACGCCUGCAUGCUGCACUACGAGAUGCCUCCAGAGAAGCAGUGAUGACCUCUCCAGCAUGACACAAGUCUACAGAUUGUGCUUGCAACAUUGCAUUCACAGGCUUCAAGACACUAAGUGUUCUUUCCAGGAAUUUUCCAACCUCAAAGAAGUGAUGCUUCCUCAACUGUACUACCAGGCCAGCUGCCUCUGUGCAAAUAGCGAUUGUAGCCGCACUGUCUUCUGAAACUUCAGACAAAAUAUUCAGUAUGGCCUCCUGAUUCUCAACAAGGCAUCGUGUCACAUCAUAGUGACUUGUCCAGCGAAUCUCAAGCAACCUUUUAAGUGAGGGGGUGUUGUAAUUCUGGGCUACGUAAUAGUGGUGGAAGAAAGAAUGGAGUGAACCAGAGAGAUCAAACAAGUGUUUUGCAAGUGGCUCUCCCUGAAUGGCAUGCACCACUGCUAAGUGCAACUGGUGGUUAAAGCAGUGCACAUAUGGAUUGUGCCUACCAAGCUUCCGCUGCAACAGUGCCUGCACCCCACCCCUGAUUCCACUCAUCACCGAGGCCCCAUCAUAACACUGACUGACAAUAUUGUCAGUACUGUAACCCCCACUGGUCAAAUGUCUCAGUAUUUCUGUUGUUAUAUAUUCAGCAUUCAGCUGAGUCAAGUUUAGCAAACCAAUUAAAUGUUCCUCAGGAACAGAGUUGCUGACAAACCUUAUCACCACAGAGAGAUUUUCAAUGUUACAUCUGUCUCUAGUCCCAUCACUUUUGAUGCAGAAGCCAGGAUUAUCUGCAUUGUCAUAUUUCUUUUUUACCUCAUGCAACACCAGCAUGGCAAGAGUGUCAAUUAUUUAAUUUUGUAUGUUUUUUGAUGUGUACACUGCAUUUUGGGGAAUAGAUUUGGCAAUUUCAGCAGAAAUAUCCUCCUCAUAGUUUGUGCGAGACUGCAUGCUCUCCACGCUCCCACGAAAACUUAGUUCAUUUACGCACAGAAACUGAACUACUUCCCCUAUGCUCUUCACGUAGUAACGAUUUUUGUCAACCUGUGUUUGACCCAAUAAAGCCGAAAUCAUUUCUCCA